UCACAAUAAGGGAACAGAAACAAUGAAAUUUUUGAAGUCUUUCAGGAUUUUUAGCUAUUCGGCUUCUAAACUUGCGAUAAUGCCUGCUUUACUUCAUCCUCUGUAUGAAUUUCUGAACUGCAGUGAACCAGAAGUAUCCCUUUGGGAUGUUGUUUCACUAGCAGAUUUUGCAGGUUGUGAUAGAGAUACAAAGUGUUCAAACCCAUUCGACAUCAGGAUCAUCAUUGGACUGGUGUCUCUCGUAUUAAUGGAGCUGGCGUAUCUUUGGCUGAUGUAUUUUGAAUUCAGAAAGGCUCCACCCGUCAAGGGACGAGGCUUGCAAGACCCGGGGAUACAUGUAAGCUGGGUUGAAAGUGACGUCAGUGCAAGUACAAGUCCAGACCUAGAAAUCAACUUGUAAAUGGAGUAAAUAUCUGCAAACCAACAUGUAAAUGGAGAUUCCAAAAAAUCAACCUGUAACUGGAGUAAAUUGGAGUCCUGGCAGAAAAUAACAUUAUAUUAAACAUCAAAAUUGUAUGAAAAUCUGUAAUUAAAAGUUAUAUACGUA